UUUCGUCCGUUGUAAUAUAAUUUAAUCUCUCUAUUACGUCAGAAUAAUAAAUAUGGAAAACGAUGAAAUUAUUUGUCUUUCAUCAGAUGAUGAUAAUAGAGAUACAGAACGGAAUAAAGUGGAUAAGAAACAAGGGUUAGAUAUCAACCAGUCAAAGGACAAUUCUGUUUCUCAUAUUGAAGUAGAAAUUUCUUCAACCGAUGACAAAAGAGUGGCAAAGCGUGGACAAAAAAGAAAAGCAUCUAAUGCAGUUAUUGAUGAAGAUUCUUUUUGUGAAAAUAAUACAAAAGUAUUUAUACUUGAGAAAAAGAAUAAUAUUAAAUCACAACCAGUGGAAAAGGAAAAGGAAAAAGAAAAGGAAAAUAAAAAUGGAAAGGAGGAGAAUAUAACAUUACUAAAACCAAAGUUGGUUGUAAAGGAAAGAAAAACUAUUUCUUCAGUGGAACAAGAUAUAUUUCCUAUGUUCAUUAGUUUAUGUUUACAAAAAGAUCGGUCUGAGGAUAUGAAAAUUAUUGUUAAUAAGUUAAAAAGGCGUUAUGAACAAUUGGAUUCAAUGUAUGCAAAUUCGGAAGCUUUUAUUGAUUUCCUAAAUGAGAAAAGAAACGAAAUAAUAAGUAGUAAAAACAAAUUAUACACUUAUGUAGCUGAAGUGAUGAAUGAAAUGAAAAGUAGCUGUAAAGGAAAAUCAACUUUAUUAUUAAACAAUAAAAAUUGUACCUCUAAUGCAAAAAAAUCAAAUGUAAAUAAUGAUUCAGUUGUACCUAGUACACUAUGUUCAAAUACAUCUCAUAACAGUAAUAGUGUAACUAAUGAUAAUACUGAAGAAGAAGAUGUAAAACAAGGUCCCACACAAAGGAAAAUUAAUUUAAUCUUAAAAACAAUGAAAAAGUGUGAAGUGUAUAUAAAAAAACUAGAAAUGUCAGAAGUAGAAUUUGAUGAUGAAUGUAAUAGCAAUUAUAUAAAAUUAGAAAAGUAUAAAUAUCGAAUGGUAGAACUUUAUAAUAAAUACUGUGAAUAUAUUGGAGAAAAUGCUGAUGCAGGACGACAAUAUUUACGCCCAAAGCACUUCAGUACAACUGGAAUUGUUGCUGUAGAUCAUGCUAUUACAAGUUUUAUCAACUCUAAAAUAUCUAAAAGGAAUAAAUUUAAAAAAAUUGGUGCUUUUGCAAAAGCAUUAAUUUUUCCAGAUUACAAUGACAUCUUAAAGUGUAUUAUAAAAUGUAAUGAAUUGCAUAAUUUAGGACUAGAUAAUAAAAAGCAGCAACAAAUUGCAAAAAAAGCAUUUAUUGAAUUGGGAGAAUACCUGCAGCGAUGUCGGCGAAAUGAUUAUUGGGAUACAUUUUCCUUAUUUCUUGAAAAUCAAGAUGAUGAUCCUGCAUUAAAGGAUUCAGUAUUAGCUGAAAAAUUAAUGCAAAACAAGAAAGAUGGUGAGAAAAAAUUGUCAAAUAUAUUUCAAGAGUAUGUGAAGAAACAAGAAGAAAUGAAAGAUCCAAUUACCGAUUCUAAAUCAACUGGGAAUGAAGAAGAAGAAGAAGAGGAUAGUAUAGAGAACGAAGAUGCAGAUGACAGUAAUGAAGAUGAUGAUAUUAGUUUAGAUAUUUGUUUGAGCAUAGACAAGGAUAAAACUAGUUCAGAUGAAGAUGAAAAUAGUACAGGUGAAGAUGAAAUAUCUAGAAAUACAGGUACCAAAUUUCAUAUAGAAAAAACUAAUCCUGAAGGACAAAAGGAUGAGUUAAAGGAAAACGAUGACAACAAUUUAAAACCAGCAAAUGUUAGUGAUGUUACAAAUAUAUCUAAUUGUGAAAGUAAUUUUGAGCCACUGUCAAUAAAAGAAAAUAAUGCAGUAUCAUCACCUGACGAAACACAACUUUUAAGUACUUCAUCCAAUACAUUAAUGACUGUAAUAAACGACAAAACUCCUAGUGAUAAAAUAAAAGAGGAGCAAUCUAAUAUUAUGGAUGAAGAUCCAACAGGUGAUAAGCCAUCAGAGGAAAAAGAAAAAGAAAAGCCGUUACUACGAGUACGUUCUUUUGCUAAACCUCCUACUACGUGGGAAGAUGUAUGUGAGAAAGUAGAUGAAUGUAAAAAAGAUGAAAAUACAUCAAAGACAUUAAUUGACAAGGAUGUAAUAGAUCUUACACUAGAAUCACCAAAAGAAAUCUCUAGUGUUCAUCACUGUGCAACUAUUCAGAUUGGAUCUAAGGUACUUCCUCUAGUGAAAGGUAAAUACAAAACACUGGUAAUACCAACAGGUAAAAGUAUAAUUAAUGUAAAAAAUAUUACAAACAAUUACGUAAGACUGAAUACUAAUGACACGGAUUCGAGUAAUCCAACUAAAUUACAAAGUGGUAAAAUCAUAUCGUCGCAACAAAUAGUAGGUAAAAAUGGAAGAUCUACAACUAUACAUCUAUCAUCGAAUUUAUCUAUUAAUCAGCAAAAAAAUGCCAAUAAUCGGGCAAAAGAUUUGCAAACAAAACAAAAAAGUAUAACUGUACAAAUUCCUCCAAAUAAAAGUAUAUUGUUAUCCACAAAACCAAAGGGGAGUACCUCGCAACAUUCAGAGACGAAUUUAAACACGUCACAAUCUAAAUGA